AUGUCAUCCAAUCGCAGCUGCCAUCAUUCCAAGAAGCAUUUCGAGAGUAAAGUAGACGAGCUUGUGCGCAAGUACAUUAAGGUCUCCGAACCUGGCCCGGCCCUCAGGCACAUUCUCAACAACGGAGACGAGUCGGCUCUCAUCUUCCAGGCCAUCCGUCGCCAGGUCGCGCUGAUCAGAUGUCGCUCUCAAUCCCCCGAGAAUGACCAGAUCACUAUCUAUGACAGGGCCUUACUGAUUCUCACCCGGUACGGAGAAGAUCCACGCGAUUUCGGAGCUCUUGAGUUUUACAUGACCGAAUUUCUCGGUAUCGUUCCGAUUUUUCCUGAAUCGCAGAGCAAAGAUAUUCUCUCCCAGCAUGCAGAGCUGCAAGCUAUUGUGAACAGAGAGACUGAGUCUGCCGCUAUCCCAGAAAUCCGUCUCUCCUCUCGUAACCAACAGCCCCAUCGGGAAUUGAGCGACCGUACCGUGCGUGGCACCGAAGACGUCAAUCCCAACGACCAUCGCAUCGGCCACUACGUCCCACGGCGGAGCAACGCCUCCCACGCGUCCGACAGUCAAGGCGUUCGAGAUCAAGCUGAGAGAAUCGUGGGAGUGUUUUAUGAAGCUAGACGUGACUAUGUCGAAAAACUACAAACGGGUGGUUUCGCUUCCAUGACCGCCACUCGGUUCCUUCGGGAUACAGCCGAGAAUGCCCUUCUGUAUCUCAGUCAGAACGCGAUGAUGGACCACGCUGCCGUUGGGGAUUUGCAGAGCAACUUCGCCCUCGCCAGAGAUAAAGUCGCCGAGCUUUGCGGAGGCCGAAAGCGCCACUUUGAUGACAACGAGGGCAGAGAUACACACAAGCGACUCCGAUCCCGUCGAUCCCGUCGAAUUACGGUUGAUUCAUAUCGUCCUUCUGAAUAUCGGUCCUAG